CCUGGUAAUUUUUUCUAACCAGUACCAAUAGCUGUAUGUACUUUGCACCGCUUUGAAUGAAAUCUGUCAGAAACACUUUGAACAGUGUGUGUUUAAUAAGGAAACAGUGAAACAAGCAGAAAAAAAUCCAACACUGAUCAUUUCAUUCCAAAAUGGAAUAUGUACUACAGCUGCUCUAGCUGAUGGCAGCCAACAGACGCAUGUCGCGGAUCAGGACCACACUAGACAGUGUCACCAAGGCAGUAGGCAGCACAGACCUCAUCUCCAGGUUCUCCCGCCUGAAGCCUGGCAGCGCUGCAGUCGACAGCACCAAUGUGGAGAAAGUUCUGGGCAAAGCCGAGACGUUAACCUCUAAUGGCACAGCUGCUUCCUCGCCACAUGAAACCACCAUGAAAGAAGAAGAAGAAGAAGGUGGGAAGAACACAGCAGAGGAAAAUGUGGACAAGCAACAUCAGCAACUUACAGAAAAACCUUUUGUUGUCACCAAGAAGUCCACUUCCAGUUUAACUUCAGCGGCUAAUGUGUCUGCUCCAAACUCUUCCUCGACUGUGGCGAAACAAACUAUGCAGCUGUUUCACCCGGAAGGUUCAACCAAUAUGGAUGAGACCUACAAAACUUUGGCCCAGCACAUUAACAGUUACUUUGGUACCAACACCCAGGGGGAAGAAGGUGACAACAGGCCACAGCCGAAAAUAGAAGGGGACAGUCCUGUUUCUGAGCCCAUUCUCCGCACUGCUCCUCUUAAAACUGGGGACCACAUUCCUAUUUUGUCCUCAGUGGCAGAGGCUAAAAGUAUUGAAGCACCCACUACCCCCCCUGCUACUCUCCCUUCUUCUCCCUCUCAAUCAGAGCAGGUCACUCCCCCAGAAGGAAGGCCCUCUUCUGAUACCCCUGCAACAGAAAGUGCUGCUCCAUCUGUCCCUGUGCCUACUACUUCCCCUAAAAAAGGCUUCACCCACUACCUGUCCUAUCCUCGGCCCAGCGUUCAGGCGUUUGUCGGCAGCUACAUUGCGCCCCUGGUUCCCAAAUUCAGAGGUGAUUCCAAAAGCAUCGCAGCUGAAAAGGACAAGUCCUCAGCAGCCACUGUGGAAGUGCCCACUGUGGAGAAGGCAGGAGAGAAGACGGAUAGUGAAGCGGAGAAAGUGGAAAAGGCGAAGCAACAACUGUUAGCUCAAAGAGAGAAGAUAAUCGCCAGGGUGAGUCUAGACAACAGGACCAGAACCCUGGUGAAAGGCCUGCAGAGGGUCACUGAUGUCAGGCUCCUCACCAGUCGAGUGGAGGAACUCAGCUACCAUCUCUUAGAGUUCCCUGAGACACGAGGUGUGGCCAUCAAGGAAAGCAUGCUGCCCUGUUUGUUGCGUUUGCGCCAGGCCAGAGACCUUCCUCUGCAGGCUGCUGUGAGAGAAGCACUGGCCGUGGUUGGCUAUACAGAGCCUGUCAAAGGAAGAGGAAUUCGGGUUCUGGCCAUAGACGGAGGAGGCACAAGAGGACUGCUGGCCCUGCAGACUCUCCAUAAACUGCAGAACCUGACUGGAAAACGGGUCCACCAACUCUUCGACUAUAUCUGCGGAGUUAGCACAGGUGCCAUCCUGGCCUUCAUGUUGGGGAUUUUUCAGAUCCCCCUAGAGGAGUGCGAGGAGAUGUACAGGAAGUUGGGGUCAGAUGUCUUCAAGCAAAAUGUCAUUGUUGGAACUGUCAAAAUGGGCUGGAGCCAUGCUUUCUAUGACAGUGAAAUCUGGGAAAACAUCCUCAAGGAACGAAUGGGUGAGGGACGCAUGAUUGAAAGUGCCAGGGACCCACACUGCCCUAAAGUGGCAGCAGUAAGCACAAUUGUGAACAGAGGUUUGCCUCUGAAGGCCUACGUGUGUAGGAACUACAGACUUAUGCCAGGAGUAAGAUCCCAUUACCUUGGAGACUGCACACACAAAAUGUGGGAGGCCAUCAGGGCCUCGUCUGCCGCCCCAGGCUACUUCCAGGAAUUUGUCAUGGGAAAAGACCUCCAUCAGGAUGGAGGACUCCUGAUAAACAACCCCACAGCAUUGGCCAUCCAUGAGUGUAAGUGUCUGUGGCCCAACACCCCACUGCAGUGUGUGGUAUCUCUGGGCACCGGACGGUACGAGACGGCGGGCAAGAACAGCACUGCAUACACAAGCCUCAAGGCAAAAAUCACCAACGUCAUCAGCAGUGCCACAGAUACAGAGGAGGUGCACACCAUGCUGGAUGCCCUCCUGCCCCCCGACACCUACUUCCGCUUCAACCCUUACAUGAGCGAGGACAUCCCGUUGAACGAGAGCCGCACGGAGAAGCUCAACUUCCUCAAGGGCGAGGGCGAACGCUAUCUGGAACGCAACGACUCCAAGCUGAGGAAGGCAGCGAGCGUGCUGGGCCAAGAGAAGAGCACCAUCCAGAAAGUGGCCGAGUGGGCCAAGCUCAAGGCUGACAUGUACGAGGGUCUCCCCUUUAUCUCCAAGCUGUAGUUGUUACACUGGCAACAGCGUGACCCAGGCUGGAAGUGAGUUUUGCAGGUCUGGAUUUUGAGGUGAGAUUUAAAACUUUAACCACAUGCCCCUGC